GAGGCAUUAUUCAGUAGUGACGUGGUUACUCGGAGGGACGCGGUACGGAUCAGCAGUGAGUCUUGCCAGCCAGCCAGCCAGACACUCGCUCGUCUCAGGAAGGUUCGGCCUCUUUGGUGAUCCUCCUUUCCCGUCUCCUCCUCCUACCACUACUCACCGUCGCUUCCUCGGGACUACUCCGCCCCAACCUCACCGCCACCGCCACCAUGAAUGAGAGCAUCUGUGACUCACUGGACAAGGAGCAGAUCAGCGGUCUGCGCAAGGCCUUCGAUGCCUUCGACACAGAGAAGAAGGGCGCCAUCAAUGUGGACACCAUCUCCACCAUCCUGAGAAUGAUGGGCGUCAGGGUGUCUGAGAGCAACCUGCGUGAGAUCAUCGCCGAGGUGGACGAAGACGGCUCUGGUGAACUCGAAUUUGAGGAGUUCUGUGCCCUGGCCGCCAAGUUCCUUAUUGAAGAGGACGAGGAGUCACUGAAGGCGGAGCUGAAGGAAGCUUUCCGUAUCUAUGACAAGCAAGGCGACGGUUACAUCACGACCAAAACACUGAAGGAGAUCCUGCGUGAACUGGACAACAAACUGACGGAGGAGGAUCUGGAUGGCAUCAUUGACGAAGUGGACGAGGACGGCUCCGGCACUCUUGACUUUGACGAGUUCAUGUCUAUGAUGGCCGGCUAAAGAAGCUCCAUCUUCAUUUUCAUCUUCCUCCUCCUCCUCCUCCUCCUCCUCCUCCUCCUCCUCCUCCUCCCACCGCCUCUUCAUCUUCCGUCCGUCGCCCCUUAUGCCCACAUUCCCUCCUCACAUCCUUAAUUAGAUAGAAAAGAACACAUUAAUAAUAAGACCCGCUAUCCUAUAUCAUCCAUGGAACCAUUUGAGAGGUGGGUAGCCUUCCUCCUUCUCCUCCUCCUCCUCCUCCUCCUACUACUACUCUUCAUCUUCAGUACUUCGUAACAAUGCAGUGAUAGGAGUAACGGCAGUAACUAUUCUCUUACUUUUUCCUUUUCAAGCGACGAUAAUUAAAAGGGAAAUAUCUGUUUACACCUGCUAAUGAUGGUAAUGUCUUAUAGGUAACACAACAGGUGACUCAAGAGGUAAUACGCUCAUACACUUCUUCAGUAAUCAAUGAAGUUUAAGUUAGUUUAGGCUGCAGCCAAAAGACAACUUGAUCUCUAUGUAGUUUGAAAGCCACACAAAACACUGAAACAUAUUGCACAAUCAAACAUAAAAGACGCUAGGUUUUCAAUCACGGGCUAACUUACAUGACAGAAUAUUCUUGCCUUAACCUACAAGGAGACAGAAGAGGUCGACUUCAGGUUAUUACAGUACUGUGAUUUAGGACUAAGUCAAGACACAGGGCUAACUAACUGACAGGAUGGUUUGAGCUUGAGAGUCGAGACCAGAGUAAUUCACACUCCUGCCUCAGAAACUCACUUCGCUCUACUUGUCUCGUCUUCGCUGGCAAAUUUGUGCAUGUCUGUGGAGUACAUCUGUGUGCACAGUACACACUUCACCAGUAAUAUACGUGUGUUACUUUACAGGCAGUCUCACUUUUCAUUUCAGUUGUUGCUGCUGUUGUCCUCGCUUUCCUCUUUACCAAACCGUCCUGUAUUCCCUUCCAGUUGUGAGUAAGGCUAUGUGAAAUUCACACUUUGCUCUACGUGUGAACCUUCUGCUGCCUUCGCUCUUGCAUUAAGGCCCGCAUUUUCUAAACGAUUCACUCACUACCUUAUCAAGACUACUUUUAAUAAUGGAAGUCGUUCUCAAAGGUGUUCCUUUAAGAUUUUUUUCAAUUCAACGCGUACUGCAAAUAUACUCCUUAUGAGAGAAUGUUUACUUUUAAAUGUAGUGGAAAUACCGUUUUCAAAGGUAUUUCAAGAUUAUAGUAUCAGACAAGGAUUUAGCAACACACAUAAGAAUUUCAUUAAUUAUUCUCAUGGGAGAACCAGGCUGCUUUCAUUAUAGUGUAGCGGAAGUUCAGUUGUUCAAGAUUGUUUUCAUGAUUAUGUUCCUGACUAACAGUCUUUAUGAGAGAAUACAGUUUAAGAAUACGGGCCUUAAGAGACACGGAUAAGCUCUCUAUAGCCUCUAUGUCAAUUCUUAUGUCGGCAUUUUUUAAGCGUAUGUGCGUAUGUGUGCGUAGGUGUGCGUAGGUUUAAGUGUGUAGUGCAAGCGUCUCUCUAUAUAAGUGUAUAUU